UAACCUGGAAGGUAAAACUGUUUUUGCAAAAUCCAGUUUUUUUGAGUAAAAACUGUAUGUUCAAAACAACCUAGUUGUAACAUUGCCACAGAACUCUGACAUGCAACCUAAAACUCUCAUAUAAUAACAUUUGUUGGUUUUUCUUUUUUUAAAAUUAAUGAGGGCGGUCACAGACGUUGCUUUGUAAACGCGUCUAUUUCCGUUCGGCUCAGUCUACUUGCUGUUUGCGCUGCUCACGUCAACAAGGGGACAUAGAACCAUUUCUCUCUGUAGCAGCUUGUUUCUGAACACACCUCUGCUGCUCGCUUCCAAGUAGCAGAAUGAAUGUGGGUGUGGCACACAGUGAGGUGAACCCGAAUACUCGGGUCAUGAACAGUCGAGGCAUCUGGCUGACCUAUGCACUUGGUGUUGGAAUACUUCACAUUGUGCUCUUGAGCAUACCUUUCUUCAGCGUGCCAGUGGUUUGGACUCUAACUAAUGUCAUACACCACUCUGGGAUGUAUGUGUUUAUGCAUGCAGUGAAAGGCACACCUUUUGAGACUCCUGACCAAGGAAAGGCCAGACUUCUAACACACUGGGAACAGCUCGACUACGGCGUGCAGUUUACUUCGUCCAGAAAGUUCUUUACCAUCUCUCCAAUCAUACUAUACUUCCUGGCAAGUUUUUACACGAAGUAUGACACAACACACUUUGUCAUAAACACUGCCUCUCUUCUGAGUGUGCUCAUCCCCAAACUGCCACAGCUACACGGAGUGAGAAUUUUCGGCAUCAACAAGUAUUAAAAUUCUUGUAAAUGCUGUGCCUCAAAGCAAUGAACGUUAAUUCCUGUAUAGUCUGUAUUGCCGAUGUGUGUCCUAAGUCAUACAGUUUGUGUGAACAUCACUGUUAUUUAGAUACUUGAGGCUUAAGAUGAAAUGUUAAACAGGAGUGUGUUAUAAGGCGGCAGGAUGCCAUAUGCAUUACUAAUUUAUGUGAAUAUUUAAUGAUGUAUUUUGGCCUGCACAAACCUGGGCUGGCCCAGGCAUCAGUAAGGCUUUUGUUUUUCUUUUUUUUUUUUGCGCUAAUUUCACAUGGUGACACAAGUUGUGGGAGUAUGAGUCUAUUUCUAUCUACAAAGAUGUCCCAGAUGUAUUUUUCAAAGAUGUUUACUUAAGGGUAGGAGCCUGUGGCUCAUUGUUUAUUGGUACACUCUCAUUUUGUAAUGGGUAUCAAACUAAUUCAUGUUGAGUGAAGAAUGGCACCCUACUCUUUAUUUGCAUGAUCUUGUUGGGUUGUGAAUCAGUCCUUAUUUGUAACUCAAUCGAAACAGGGCAGGCAUUUUUCAUUGUACAGUUUUUGUUAAUGUCCUGUGUAAAUGUAUUAAAGAAAAAGUCUUGUAUGUAGACAAACUCUUGUUGGUUUAAGUGUUCACUGAGGGAGGGCUGCUCUGUCUUUGUAUUCAUGUAGCUGCUCUGUUUAGAUUGACUUCUCGCUAUCCUCAAGGCAGCUAGUCCUGCUUUUAUUUGGCUAUAGCUCAUAGUGCUCUUGAUAUUUCUCGUUCUUAAUCUUAUUAAACUGUUUGUGCCCGGAAAUAUUACCAUCUCCCAUGAUUGUCCAUUGCAUGCAUUCCAGUAAAUAUAGAAUGUGGGGAAUGUAACACAACUCUACUGUCCACAUUAACUCAGAGUAUUGUAUACUUGGUUUAGUUAGUACAAGUAUAAAUAAUGCCUUUUCCAACCUGUCCUGAAUUCCAGGCGAUUUGUGCCACAUUUUGUGGUGAAAUGUUGACUUUUUUCAUAAAAGGAUACAGAUUUACAGUUUGCCCUAAAAAAUCCCACAGACUCAUGGCAGCCAGUCAUUGAAUCCAUCAACUACUCACCUGGACAGUUUAUGAAGUUGUAUGUGGUGUCACUGUAAUCUUUUACCAUCAAAACAUAAAGAUUAAAACAA